GUUAAGCGAGAGAGAGUUCACAAAAAAAGUAGCAUGUCAUCACGCACUGAUUUUUUUCGGCACUAAAUCCGUUUGGUGGAAACACCACUAGUGGGAAAACCUGUCGCUAGUUGGAUGGAAACCUAGAUACAGUGUCGUGACAUUUUGUUACUUCGAAUGAGGGCUCGUGUCUAUAAAUGUUUUGUUUUCUGUGAAAAAUUGACCAACAUUAAUUUGCUCUUGCGCUUAAAGCCCUCUGUUGGUAGGGUUUCGGUACCGCAAGAUCGUCACUCUUUGUAUACCACGUGACUAAAUGCAGAGUAGGUCGUCCACGGAGUUUCAAUCUUUGGUUCGUCACUCUGGCCGCCCUUGUGGUUUCACUUCCGCCAUCUUUGUUUGAGCAGGGCUACGGAGUGAGCAGAAAAGCAUAAACGUAUUCACUUUAAUUUCCCUCAAAAUGUCCAAACUACAGUUGUUGAACGUGUUUCUCUCACAGCGCUUGACGGAGGCAACUGUUGAGAUAUUUGGAGCAGUGGAAAAAACAAUAACCGAGUUCCAGGAAGAAAUUGCCAGUUCAAAGGAGGAGAUCGAACGUCUACAGAGGCUUCUGGAUUUGGCUUUGAAACCCGACUUAAAGUUACAUAAAUCAGAUGCCAGGCAAUUUACUCUCCCUGUCCCAGAGGAGGUUCCCCCUGAGAAGCGGCACUGUGAGCAUGAGUGGAGCCCCAGUCUAGGCCAGGAGGAGCCAGAGCCCACACACAUUGAAGGGGAAGAGGAGGUCAGGACCAGUCAGGAGGAGCAGCAGUAUCAAGGACUAGAGCCCGACAUAGAGUUCAUAUUUACUCCUCCCUGUGUGGAAAGUGACUAUGAUCAGGACCCACCCCAGCCUUCACCGACCACCAACACAACUGAAGAGAUGGACGCCGAACCGGAGGGGGAGAGAAAUGGGGCAUCAUUAACAACCAGUGACUUCCAGUCCCUCUCUGUAGAAAAUCCAGGAUCCCCUGCAGCUCAGAACAACACCAGUGGAAGUGUUGAUGUAGUGGCGAGUGGAGGACUACUGUCAGCAUUGGGGUUAAUACGGACAACCAGUAUGCAAGCAAGUGUUGGAGGCCGUAGAACCAAAAAAUUACCCCACAAGAAAGUACAAAGCUCCCAUGCCAGUGCAGUAAGCAGGAAGACUACCAAGUUACCCCUCAAGACAGUGCAAAGCCAAGAUACCAUUGAUGGAGGCAAGAAGACAACCAAGUUGCCCCUGAAGGCAGUGCAAAGCCCAGAUACCAGUGUAGUAGGCAGGAAGACGACCAAGUUACCCCUCAAGACAGUGCAAAGCCCAGAUACCAGUGUAGUAGGCAGGAAGACUACCAAGUUGCCCCUAAAGACUGUGCAAAGCCCUGAUACCAGUGCAGUAGGCAGGAAGACUACCAAGUUACCCCUCAAGACAGUGCAAAGCCCCAAUACCAGUGAUGGAGGCAGGAAGACUACCAAGUCACCCCUCAAGACAGUGCAAAGCCCCAAUACCAGUGCAGUAGGCAGGAGAACUUCAAAGUCAUCACGUAUAAGAGGAGAGGAGACUGGAGGACUACGGUCAGCACUGGGGUUAGUUCGGACAUUGAGAGCACGGGUCAAGAAAGAACAAAACUCUCCUGCCAGUGUUGAAGCGAGGAAAACUAAAAAGUUACCCCACAAGAAAAGACAAAGUUAUCUUACCAGUGGUGGAGUCAGGAAAAUCUCCAAGUUACCCAAGGUAACAUCAGCCAAUAAAAACCAUACGGCUCCUCAUUGUUGCAAGAUGUGUGGGAAGUCUUUUGUUUUCAUGACUUAUCUUGUUAGUCAUGUGCAAAAAAUUCAUUUAAAGGAUAAAUACCAUCUUUGUGGGGUUUGUGGGAAAGAUUUUAGGUCCACAGAUAGUAUGGUGAAGCAUCUGCAAACCCACAUGGGAGUGAAGCAUUUCUGCCACGCCUGUGCUAAAGUCUUCACUUGUAGUUCAAAUCUGAAAGUGCAUAUGAGGAUCCAUACAGGGGAGAAGCCAUUUCAGUGCAAACACUGUGGGAAAGGCUUCACUGUGAGAAAAUCCCUGGAAGACCAUGAGAAGACUCACACAGGGGAGAGGCCAUUUAAGUGCACUUCAUGUGGAAAAUGUUUCUCAUCAACGACUCAUCUAAGUCGCCACCAGGAAAUUCACACAGGAGAGAAACCCUAUCAGUGCAACGAUUGCGGGAAAAGCUUCAGUCGGAAGGAAAAACUGGCAGAACAUAUGAGGACCCAUACAGGGGAGAAACCAUAUCCCUGCCCUGAAUGUGGCAAAUGCUUUGGUCUGAAGGGAAAUCUGACCACCCAUAUGAUAAGACACACAGGGGAGAAACCAUGCAGGUGCGAAGAAUGUGGCAAAUGUUUCUCUUUGAAUGCAGACCUGAAAAUUCAUAUGAGGACACACACGGGGGAGAAAAGAUAUAAGUGCAAUGUUUGUGACAAAUCCUUCACUCAGAAGGCGUACUUGGCUAGCCACAUUAUGAAACACACGGCAGAGAAACAACCGGUUCAGUGACUGUGGUAAAUUAUUCAAUCAAAUGGGAGUCGUGAGAGAACGAGAAGAGCACUUAGAGUAAAAACUCCUCUGUUCAUUGUGAAUUUAUUUUUGUCUUUUUCUGGUGUGAAACAUUGACAAUACACCACCACAGUUCAAAAAGUUGAAAGUGACCUGUGUGGGGAAAAUGUGAGGUUAGAGGGGAAAAUGUGAGGUUAGAACCUAGUUUGAGAGCACAUUGUACUCUAUAUACCAUUAGGAACCUUAGAGGACGACUUGGUAGAAUCAAUUUAGGGUAUGCAUGAAUAAACAUGCAGAAAAUUGUUGACAAGUUUGUAGUUUGAGUGGAUUUUAAGGCAGAAGCAACAGUCCCAGCUAAUUUAUCAAAUGUCACAAUUUAGUCAUUCUCUUCUAUUAGCAAAACUUAUUUUGUUUGAUUAAAGGGUUAGUUCAACCAAAUUACAUUAGUUUCCUUACCCUGUAAGUAGUCUAUGGACAAGGUAUAAUGGCAAUCCACGUUUUGGUUUAGUUUCCUUGGCACUGUUUUCACAUGCUAACGUUUUAGCAUUUGUGGCACAAAUCCCAUUAGUCAUGGGACUGAUUUAUUUGUGACUGAGGAUCACAAUCCAUUUCAGAUACUUUCGGAUGAUUUGGACAUGAUGCGUGAAAAAUGCUAAUAUCGGUAGCAUGACUUGAAUGGGAUUUGCGCCACAAACACUAAAACGUUAGCAUGUGGAAAAGGUCAUACGUCCAUAGACUGCUUACAGGGUAAGGAAACCAAUUUGGGUGAACUAUCCCUUUAAGGCUAAUGCGUUUGAUAUUAAUGCAUCUAUAUCACAGGAGGUUGGUGGCACCUUAAUUGGGGAAGACGGGCUUAUGGUAAUGGCUGUAGCAGAAUCGGUGGAAUGGUAUCAAAUAUAGGGUUUCCACGUGCUUCACACCAUUCCAGUCACUCCGUUCUAGCCAUUAUUUUGAGCUGUCCUCCACUCAGUGCUGAUCUAUGUAAUACUAUAUCAUCGGUAUCGGCUUGAUUUCAUCUUAUGAAAGUAUUUGUUGCAGCAAUAACAAAGAAUUGUGUACAUGUUUUGUCAUUUAUUGUAAUGGACUUCCUUAGCUUGACACCCAAAUUAAAUGUGUAGCUUUUUGUUUGACCUAACAUCAUUUUGUGUGAAACCUAUGAAUAUUUGUCCAUUACGUUUACCAUUCAUUAAAAAUGUAAAUUUUUGUUCUUGAAAUAGCCUACUCCUUGAGUUUGCAACCUUUGCGCACACACAACAUCCAUAGAUAUCAUCGAUCAGAAUCACCUUUAUUCCCCAAAUACAUUUGCAUUUGAAAGGAAUUUGACUUGGUGAAAUAGUGCUGCCACAGUAAACAGACGAUGAUAAACAGACAGCAUAAUAGAAGCAGAGUUUACACAAAUCCACAUAUGAUAUGCACUCCAAUUGAACAACUACAGGCUACAUUAAACACUAAUUGUACAAAACAUUAGGAACACCUUAAUAAUGUUGCAUCCCCUUUUGCCCUAAGAACAGCCUCAAUUUGUUGGAGCAUGGACUACGAGGUGUAGAAAGCAUUCCACAAGGAUGCUGGCCCAUGUUGACUCCAAUGCUUCUCACAGUUGUGUCAAGUUGGAUGACUGUCCUUUGGGUGGUGGGCCAUUCUUGAUACAUACCAGAAACGGUUGAGUUUGAAAAAAACCAGCAGCGUUGCAGUUCUUGGCACACCCUGUGCAAAAGCACCGAAAGGGGUUGCGUUAAAUGCGGACGGCAUAUUUCAGUUGUUCAACUGACUUGAUAUCCCCCUUUCCUCAAUAGUUUGUCUUGCCCAUUCACCCUCUGAAUGGCCCACACACUAUCCAUGUCUCAAGGCUUAAAAAUACUUUAACCGGUCUCCCAUCAUUUAUAUUGAUUGAGGUAGAUUUAACGGGUGACAUCAAUAAGGGAUCAUAGUUUUCACCUGGUCAGUCUGUCGUGGAAAGAGGAUGUGUUCCUAAUGUUUUGUACACAGUGUACACUAUGUAUGUAAAGAUGUAUGAAUAAAAAAAUAACUUACAGGAU